ACAAAAGACUUGUUCAAAGACAAAGCCUACGUUUUAACAAAUGUUCAAAUCACAACUGAAAACAGUGGCGAGGAUUGCAAGGUGAAAAUAAUCCUGACUUUCGGCAAAGGUAUGACCAAAAACGACAUCCUUGUAAAAUUUGAAAACGCUUCAAAGGGUGAAAUUGGUGGAGUGACUUUGAAGGAUUUCACUGCAGAUGUCUUUGUGGAUGGAGUUAAGUUGGGAGAAUACACGGCGACUGCCGAGAACUGCAAAGCGAAAUGCUGCGAUUCAUUCGGACCGAUCACUAUGGAGAGAGACUGUGAUCCUAAACAUAAAUGCAAAAACUACAGGUUAAAGAAAGGGGUGGAUAAAUGUAAUACAGUCUGCAAAGUGAAAGACAUUUGUGAUGAUGGAAUGUCACUCCAAGUUUCAUUGUUGAUGUUGGCCUUUGGUGGACUUUUGAGCUGGGUCCUCAAAGAGUAAACAUCGAUGUAUUCUGGCAUCAAAGAAAAUCUAAAGGCCGAAUUAGACGGCGUAACUUUUGCUUACAAACCGGCAUAACAUGCAACCUGCAACUUUUGUCUGCAACUUUUGCAUGCAACCGACAACUUUUGUCUGCAUCCAUCGAAUGCGACCUGGGUAUGUCGUCCUUACAACAUGGCUACAACUGUCGUAGGGCUAUUAAGAUCGUUUAAAAGGAUGACUUACGCAGGUUGCAUGUAAUGUUUCUAGGCAAAAGUUGUGGCGUCUAAUUCGGCCUCAGGAUGACUAACGCAGGUCGCAUGCUAUGGUUGAGGUGUAGGCAAACGUUGUGUCGUCUAAUUCGGCCUUAAGCAGACUUCCAUAUUCAACUUUUUUUAUCUACUUUAAAUCAUUCAAUUUGAUGGUCGUAUAGGGACAAAUCGUUUAAAAACUAGUUAAAAUAAGACCCUGUUGACAAAAAUCUAUGGUCAAAUAGUUUCAUGCGCUUGGCGCAAAAGGCGAGUUUUAGGCUAACGAUUACGAACGCCAAGCGUCAAAAAYAAUCMCGYGAUCAAAGUUUUUCUGAAUUAAAGCUCCAUUGCUUUGCRUUUGUGUAUAAAUUCGUUCGUUUUUUCGUUCGUGUUGGCAUCAACCUAAAUUUUUUAAACCUUUUUUGCAUUUGUUUGAAUUUAGAAAAAAAAAUGGAAAGCUAAUUUUACGCUUUGCGUUCGACGUAAACGCAAAUCUAAAUCUCUCCAUUAUUUAUUGCCGUAUUGAAUGAAAGUGCGAUAAAUCAGUCACAUGUUACAUGGAGGUCUUUCUUGAAUCAGUCGAAAUUGUUUUGAAUAUAACUUUAAUGUUGUUUUAUAGAUUAAGGCCUUUUCAAACGCCGCUUUUCGUGUGUAUCGGUGAAAUUCAAUGUUUGAAACUGGCCAAAUAACUAGUGCCAAAUGAUCCUUAUAGACGAUCCUACUGCGAACAAUUAUUUAUUUGAGUGUUGAUCUAUAGUAGCCUCACGCGCAGUCGUCUCUUUCCUCACUAGAAAUAACCGGCAGCUUCCUGUGUAAGAACAGUAAGAGAGCGGGGCUAGGACGAGAUGUCGUCUGCGCAGGAGGCUAUUCCCUUAGUACAGCAUAAAUGCUGUAUAUAUUACCGUUAACGCUGUUUAGAAAACCGAAUCACAUUGUUAAUGUGAAUUGUGUGAAUUGCACCUCGUUGCAAAGACAUUGUCAUAUAAGAAUGAAAACUAAUGAACUUUUGAAAACCCAAAAUUAAAAAUCAAAUUAUUUCAAAAGAAAUUCACUUAAGUUGUGCUAGCUUCUUUGUAUUUUAAAGGCCCAAGUGCAUCCAAGAACCAUUGCGCGCCUUUUCAUACAUACGCCAUCUUUGAUUUAGAACCAAUCAGAUAGCGUUUUUUCAAAAAAGGACCUUUUGUAAAACAAAAUAAACAAUCGCAAAGGUUCGGUUGCGUGUUGGUCUUUAGUCAAUUCCUAUUUGUAAAUGCUAGUUCUUUAUUAUUUUUAUGUGACAACGUUCUUGCGAUUACGUUUACUCUUAUGCAUUUAAAACUGUUUAAUCAUUUAUGUGAUGAUUUAUUUAUAGUCAAAUAAGGAUUGAUUGACUUUAUAAUCCCAUUACAAUACGUGUUGUGAUUUCAAAUAUUUAGUCAAAAUUAUUAAACGAUUAUAGAUCAA